UAUAUUAAUCACACAAACUUAAUAUAUCGACAUUAAGAAAAGUACAUAAUUUGGUUGGUGUGCGUACUGAAGUAUGUGGUUGGUUUAAAUUUUAAAGUUUAGUUGGUGUGUAUUGAAGUUUGAUUGGUUGAGUAGUUGGUUGUUGUGAUUUGUACGGUUUUGAAAAUUUUGUCGGGAAUGUAAUUUUUUUUUUCAGGUUAAAACAUUUGUAAAAUCAAAUUAAUAUAACAUAACUCAAAGUUACAAAAAAAAAGGGUAAUGCUAAAAAUACCAAAUUUUUAAAUUAAAUUUUGUAAAUCAAAUUAUGUGAUUGUUGAUGGUUUGAUUGUUACUUAAAUGUUGAUUAACGUAUUUAUUUUCUAUUGAUGACAUAUAAUUUAGUUUGUAAAAUUGAUCUUCUUAGCAAUAUCCAAAAAAAUUAGGAUUACUAGCAUCCAUCAGGCUUAUCUGUCACUUUGUGUUUGGUGAAGGAAUCUCUUCGUUUCGUACAGAAUACGGAGAUAUUAAGAGCAGGCUAAUACAGAUUAAGCACCAUAAAUCAACAGCACAGCAGGCAGGCAGCAGAAAUUAGGAAGAUCAAUCGAGCAGUGAAAUGGCAGGAUUGUUUGAUAAGCAAGCGGAUUUGUACUUGGAUUCCAGGCCAACUUAUCCGACGGAAUGGUAUUCCAAGCUAGCAGAUCUCACCCCUCACCACACUCUCGCUUGGGAUGUCGGAACCGGCAACGGCCAAGCCGCUGUCAGCGUUGCUGAGCACUAUGAACAAGUAAUUGGAACCGAUGUGAGUGAAGCUCAGUUGCAGCGUGCAAUGCCACAUCCUCGUGUUCGAUAUGUCCACACACCGUUAACCAUUACAGACGACGAAUUAAUAGCAUUGAUCGGGGGCGAAAAUUCAGUCGACCUGGUGACUGUGGCUCAAGCUGUGCACUGGUUCGACCUGCCAAAGUUUUACAAUCUUGUUCCGCGGCUUCUGAGAAAGCCAGGAGGUGUGUUGGCCGUUUGGUGCUACAAUGACAUUGAAGUUUGUCCGGAAUUUGAUCCUAUUAUGAAGCGAUUUCAUGACACAACCCUGCCCUUUUGGGACCGUAACAUCCAGUACAUCUUUGAUGGUUACAAGACGCUUCCAUUUCCUUUUCAGAGUGUUGGUUUCGGAUGCGAGGGGAGUCCAUUGCCGCUGGACAUUCCAAAGAAGCUGUCGUUCCAAGGGUUUUUGAAGAUGGUAGGGUCAUGGUCUGUGGUCAUUACAGCCAAACACCAAGGCGUGGAUUUGUUACCGGAAAAGCUGGUUGAAGAGUUUGAGGGUGCUUGGGGUGGCUCUAAAUUGGUCAGGUCAGUCACCUACAAGGCUUUUAUGCUUGCCGGAAAAGUUUAAGGUGUAACCUUGUUAGGACUAUGUACGUAUGUGUGGUAAUCAGUACUAGACUACUUACAUUCUACGAUUCUAUCAAUUCUGAAUGCAUAAGUCUGGAACCUUGUUGCUCUUUAAGUUAAUCGAGUAUAAAGUUGAGACUUGCACUAUCA